AUGUCUGCUGCUACUUGGCGUCAAUUUUUCACCUUCAACAAAUACUCCCAGAUCUCCGCUCGCGCUGUGCGCAACUCCCUCAAUGAGUCAGAGCGCGUCGUCGCCGAGAAGCGUGGCUUGACCGCUCUUCGUUACCAACACUGGGAGGAUGGGAAGGGUGGCGAGCAGGUACGUCUUCAUCCCUUUCAUACUAGACGUGUUUACUGA